AUGGCGGAAUCAGAUUUCAAAACCCUGUCCGACCUUAUGCCGCGAUACGACGGUAAUCCGAAACGGUUAAAUAUGUUUAUUUCUGAUGUCGAUAACGUACUACAGCUGUUCCAUAUGGAAGGAGAAUCAUUUUCAAAUUUAGUAGUAUGUCUUAUUAAAAGUAGACUUAGUGGCGGCGCUCUCGAUGCGCUCGCGUACGAAAAAUCUUUGAAUACAUGGCCUGACAUUAAACAAGCCUUACUUCGUCGCUUAGGCGACCCCCGCAAUGAGAUACAGGUGAUGCAGGACCUGUCGCGAACCCGCCGUCAGAAGUCAGAGGAUUCUGAGGCGUAUGGCAAACGUCUACGCGAAAUUUUAGACACGCUGUACUCAGUAGGUAAAAACCCGGAUAAAUCGUAUUACGAAUGCAUGGUUAUCGAACAAUACGUUAACCAAUUGGAGUUUCACGUGUCGUUAGGGGUCCGUAUUGAUAAACCUAAUACACUGGAAGCAGCUAUAAUGGUAGCCCGACAGGAGGAGGCCAGAUUAGCGGCUAAUCCCCCCCCCAGGAAUGGUACAAAAUAA